AUGCACGAUAAUAAGUUUCUUAGUAAGACAAUCAUUGCUAUUUCACUAAUACUAUUGCAUAGAGCGACCGGUGAUAUUUGCAAGUUCAAUAUUAAAUUGAUACAAACGCUACACAGUGAAGGCUUUCAUAGAAAUAUAACAUAUGAAAUAACAUUUGGAACACCUGAGGAUGAUGGUAAUGAGUAUGAGGGAUGCUCGGUUGGUUUGGAGCAGAUUCUACCAGCAGGUCUUUAUGCCAACCCUGAUGAGCUUGAAGAAUUACGGUAUAAGACACCAACCGUAUUCAAGGAUAAAGUUGAUAUAGAAGGAGCCGCAGAGAUCUCGACUCCUAUCACAGUGCACUUAUUGGGAUCAGUGUACAAACACCGAGUUCUAUUGUCUUUGCCCGUCCACGCACGUUACCACAAAGCUGUUGCUGGUGGAGGUAGCGCAAGAGUUAAUAUUCCAACACCAAAGUUCUUCAUAAACUGCGGACCCAAGAAAUUGGAGAAAUGUGUUGAAGUGUCGUCUACCAAUAGCUUUUGCCCGAGGAGUCAAAACAAGUGCUUUUGGAAGCACGUUCCUAUAACUGUGGGAGAAGGGCUAAGCUGGUAUGUUCCUCGGGGUGAUACGAACCACCACAACUUGGCUAUGUUCGGAACGGCUGUGGUCAUUGCAUUUGGGUCCUUGUACCUUUUAAAACAAAUUCAUUUCUACAAUAUAAGACAACACAGAGCAAAGAAAGAAGAUUAA